UUCGGCGAGCAGAGCGAGGAGGAAGAUGUUGGACAGAAAUGGCGGCCACGGCGAGGCGAGCAGCGUGAACUGCUGAUGCAUCGCAUGGAUCGAAACUUUCGACUGUCGAGAUAUCGUCAAAACGGCUGACAAUGGCGUCGAAGUAGAGCAACCCCCUUCGCAACCGCCAUUACGAACCGCGACACCUUUCCCUGGGGAAGUUUUCUGUCUCGUCGGCGGGAGGAGAGAGAACGUUAUCGGGAGCAUGGCUUCUCACAGCAACCAGUACAUCUUCGGGGAGUUCAGCCCUGAUGAGAUCAAUCAGUUUUUUGUGACUCCUCGAUGUUAUGUGGAGCUUCCUCCAUUCAACGACAAACUUCCAUGUGUCAGUCAGACUUCUGGAAGUUACUGCACUCCUGCUGUACCUUAUAUUAUGGAGUCAAUGGGACUGCAGGUUUGUGGGGAAGACUACCAACGUAUUGAGUUUGGUGUUGAUGAGGUGAUGGAAUCCAAGCCUGUUGGGGCUAACGAUCCUUUGUACAAGGUGUCGAGUACCCUGAACCCUCAGGCUCCAGAGUUCAUCCUGGGCUGCCAGUCACCCCAGAAGGCUCAACAGACAGCUCCUUCAACAGCUGAUGUCCCUGAUGGAACCGACUUCAACUCGCUGGAUGGGCCUGAUGCUGAUGCUGACGCCGAUGCUGAUGCUGAGGCUUCGCCCCUGAACAAUCACCAGGCGUGCCCUGACAUGGAUGGGCUCUCUGGCAGCCUGGGACAGCGAGAGAGAAAGAAAAAGAAAAAGCGACCGCCAGGGUACUAUAGCUAUCUUGACCCUUCAGCUGGUGGUAAUAGCGCAGGUGGAGCGCCUGUGACUGCAUUGGUGAAUGGGCAUGCACUCACAGGCCCCCACCAUAGUACUGAGGAUGUGGACAAUAAAGCAUUGUCAGAGGCUGAAUUUUCCACCCAUGGAUCUGUCUCCAUGGCACCAUCAACAGCUGCUGUGUUUGCCCCCACAUCCACUGCCAAUCAGAGGACUUGUGAUAGCCCUGAUGACUCUUCUUUGGACUUAACCGGUGGAGCUGCCUCUUUAUCAGAUAGUCACAAUGCAACUUGCUCCUCUUCAUCCUCCUCUCAAAGCAGAGAGAUGACAGAGGGGCCAAGGACUGCAGAACAGCAGCCAGAUCAUUUGGUUCCACAGAGCGCUGAACUUUCAGACAACCCACACAGUCCCUGCUCCAAAUCACCUCUCCCUCCUUCAGCUGCUGUGGCUGUCUCCCCUGUCAUCACUUCCAAUACAACUACUGAACUAGAGGGCGGGGACGUAGCAGACAAUGGGGUGGCCAAUGGGCUAGAAGAGCCCAAUGCUCUUGUAAGUGCAGAUGGACACAACGAAGACUGCGAUAGUGUGGAGCAGGGACAGCAUCCUACCCCAGACUCUGCUGCCCAGCCUGUAGUGACAGAGCAGACAAAUUCAGCUACAAGUCCAGCUGCACCCACUGCCAAUCUUCCCAAAUCUUGGGCUAGCCUUUUUCACAACUCCAAACCUCUGCCUGGGGGCCCUCAGGCCUUUGUAGAGGUAAAGAAUGUUGUGGAAGUCGUGUCGCCCACUCCUGCUAUGCCAGAAGAGCCUGAAAAAGUUGGGGAGGUAAAAGAAGGUCCUGUCCAUGUAUCAGAGGAUCCAAUGGCCCCUAAACUUGCAGAACUUAUUGAGAAUGUGAAGUUGAUGCAUAAACCAGUGUCUUUGCAGCCCAGAGGACUGAUAAACAAGGGAAACUGGUGCUAUAUCAACGCUACCUUACAGGCCCUGAUUGCAUGCCCUCCCAUGUACCAUCUGAUGAAGUCCAUUCCUCUGCAUAAUGAAACACAGAGACCAUGUACCUCUACACCCAUGAUAGACAACUUUGUAAGGCUGGUGAAUGAGUUCAACAAUAUGCCUGUGCCAUCUAAAACCAAGCAGCAAGCUGUUGGUGAUAAAGCCGUAAAAGAUAUUCGACCUGGUGUACCCUUUGAGCCAACUUACAUAUAUAAACUUCUCACUCUCAUCAAGUCAAGUCUGUCUGAGAAGGGUCGACAAGAAGAUGCAGAGGAGUAUCUUGGGUUCACUCUCAACGGAUUGCAUGAGGAGAUGCUGGCAUUAAAAAGACUAAUCUCACCUCAGGAAGAGAAAGCUCCUACACCCAAUGGCCCAGAGUCACAGCCUGGGGUGGAGGAAGAUGAUGCUGAUAAGGAGGGAGAAGGAAGUGAGGAUGAAUGGGAACAAGUGGGUCCCCGAAACAAGACUUCCAUAACUCGACAAGCUGACUUUGUUCGCACACCCAUCACUGAUAUAUUUGGUGGACACAUCAGGUCAGUUGUGUACCAACAAAACUCUAAAGAGUCAGCCACUCUGCAGCCUUUCUUCACCCUGCAACUGGACAUCCAGUCGGAGAAGAUCCGCACAGUCCAAGAGGCUCUAGAAACCUUGGUGGCCCGGGAGUCGGUCCAGGGCUACACUUCUAAAACCAAGCAAGAGAUUGAGAUAAGUCGAAGGGUAACUCUGGAAGAGCUUCCACCCGUGCUGGUACUCCAUCUCAAGAGAUUUGUCUUUGAAAAGACUGGAGGCUGCCAGAAACUGACGAAGAACAUUGAUUACCCUGUUGACCUGGAAAUCAGCAAAGAUCUUUUGUCAUCUGGAGUAAGAAGCAAAGUUGUGAAAGGCCAAAGAACUUACAGGCUCUUUGCAGUUGUCUAUCACCAUGGAAACAGCGCGACAGGCGGUCACUACACCACUGAUGUCUUCCACAUUGGUCUUAACGGCUGGCUGCGUAUUGACGACCAGAUAGUGAAGGUCAUCAACCAGUACCAGGUGGUGAAGCAGACUGCAGAGCGCACCGCCUACCUGCUGUACUACCGCCGCGUUGACCUGCUGUAGACGCACACGCACAGACACGGAUCCCUACACAUGCAAGAAACAUGCAUGAAAAUAAUCACAAACACGCACACAACAAACAUGCUGAAAGUGCACUCACUGACAAUACAUCGACAUGUAACACAAACAUACACACCAAACUAAUGAACAGGAACACUGCCCAACUUGUUAUCUUGCAAGAUUUUCCUCCUCUGCCCUCUUAACCCCACUCUCCUGAGAACCAGCUUUUUCCAACGCCUUUUUCCUUGUCACCAUCAUUUCUUUUUUUUUUUUUCCUUUUUUGCCGAAGAAGAGAAGCCAGCUGCAUUCAGACAAGUUUCCUUGUGAUUACUCUUCUCUGCACACCACUGCUGUUAUUUUUUUGUUCCUUUCUUUUUGGUUAUAACUUUUAAAGCAGCAAGGAAGAACUGAAUAUAAUAGAGAGAUGGAGGACGUUACAGGUUUGGACCCGAGGAUUCACCUCUGACUGAGCCCACGGCUCGGCUCUGAUGGCAAACCGUGAACUCACUCACACAGGAGGAUCAUCUGCCACAGGCUGCAAGUGGACUGCAGGGGUAAUUCUCUCGUUCCAUUUACCUUUUUAAGGAAAAUUACCUGGAAAUAUCAGUUUUUGCCUUUCAGUAAAGGAGAACUGUCGGCCUAAUGAAUUUGCAGCAGUUUAAAAGCCUGUAUGCUCUUGCGCUUUGAAAAGGCCCAGCACCAGCAUUAUGAGUCUCUCCUCUCAAGGCCAGAUUGUGUUCUUCUCUGCCACCACCAACUCCUCCGUGUCCUCACUUUUAUAACGCUUUUAAAUCUCGGUACAGCUUGAUCCAUCAAAAGCAGAAAGGAAAAAAAGAGAGGUGGUGCAUUGCGGAUGGAAAUUUAACAGCUUCAUUGUUUUAAAAGAUCCUUGUUAUGGUAUUUGGGUUUAGAUUUAGAAAGAAUAUCUUUGAAAAAAAGAAAAAAAAAGAAAAAAUUAAUGCGCUUUAGAGUUUAAUGACAAAUAAGCUUCUGUGCACAAAGUAUAAACUGAUUACAAUAUGACAGGCAAAUGCAUAUUUUACAAAUAUUUAGAUUCUAAAGUAAAAAAAAAAAAGAAAAAAGAAAGAAAGAAAGAAGUUGAGCAGAUUGAAAACCUUAUGGGUCCUGAAGGACACAGCAAGUUUUUAGACUCAGUUCUUGCUCUGGAGAAGAGGCAACCAAUCAGAACAGAUUUCACUGCAAACCUUCCCUCGUUUACUUUGUACAUUUCCUCCUUCAUCUAUUUGUUCUCUUUCUGUCGAGGGUUUCACCUGUGUCUUGGUGGCUUAUCAGUGUAGUUUUGAGCCACGCAACCAUGUCACCCCAAUUUUGGAGGAAGUGGGGGCUGCCUUAGGUUCAGUGUGUGAUGUUUUUCCACUUGGUGUACAAAUCAAACCCUAAUCGGGCAGCAAAUGUGAGUCCAACAUUCAUUCCCUUCAAUCUGCAGUGAAGGGAAUGAACCCGACCUCUGUAUUUACUCGUGUAUGGCUCAGUUUCCUCCCACUUCAUCAGUGCUCACCUCUGCAUAAAAACCCCAGAUGUGCACACAAAAGGAGGUGACAUUUGCGUUUGAUGAAGAUAUUGAUUUUUGAAUCACAUUAAUUGAUUUCUUUUCUUUCUGUUACUAAAAUGUUAGGUUUUUUUUUCCUCUUAUUGUUGUUGAUCUUUUGUUGGAUGUCAUACUGCUCUUGCUCUAUUCAGAGAAGUUGCUUGCAUUGAAAUUAGUGAUUGAAAUAAAUUAAGUUAAACAGGGAAGAAAUAAAAUAAAAUUAGUUUGCUUUGUCCUUUUUUUUAUUUUAUUUUUUUUUAAAUUUUUAUUUCAUUCCAACCACCAGUAUCAGAUCCUCAGUGUUAAAAACAUCAGUUCAAGUAUUUGUGAAUAAUUUAGGUAUGUUUUUAAUCCAAAUUUUUUUUUUCUUUUGGUCUUAUAUGGAGUUUGCUUUGGUUUGUCAUGCAUAUCCAUCUGUCCAUUGAAACGAGGUACACGGGUGAAAGUGGUUGUUCCAUAUUUUCUCGAUGUCAGGUUGGAGGAAAAAGUGAUGCAGCAUAACGUUUCAGCAUUAUAAGAGCCAUGUUUGUAUUUAACAUAAUUUAACACCCCGUUAAUUGUGACUUCAGUCUCUUUGGGCUGCCUCAAAUUGAAAAUAACAUUUUCACAAUUUUCCAUUAGAUUAAAAAUGUUCCUAUCAUUAUAUGGUAUAUUGUUUUUUUUGGGGGAUUUUGCGAUGAGAAACCCUUCCCAUAUAAACCAAAGGAUGUAAUAUCGGCCCUGCUGCCUUUCUGUCGAUUCACAUUACAACUUUCUUUUGCCUUGUUGUUUGAGGUCUUGUUGCCAUGUCUUGUUGAACACAGGACAUGACAUGCUCUUUUAGACAGUUGAUCAUAACAUUCACAUAGUUCAGUUGCACUGCUGGCUCUUGUCAUUUCUGCCCAAAUGUGACAUUGCUGAUUUUACGUAUUUUCUUUCCCCUUUCAAAGAAUGUUUGGAAGAUGGAUAUUAGAAACGGACACCUUGAGCUUUCUGUUGUACAGUUCUAUCUCGGUGUCUGAUUGCUGGUCAGGAAAUGUGCUGGUGAAGAGCUUCAAUAAUGUUUUUCUUUUCAAUAUACUCCUAACACUAUUGUCUGCUUGGAACUGUUGGGAUAUUGAUCUAAAAACAAAAUCUAUUCUGUCUCUUAAUUUUAAACUUCCAGCAUUUUAUUUUGUUUAUUGUUCAAAUAAAGGAUUGUGCAAAAAGCAGUUUGCUAAUCAAGUGUAGUUUGAAGAGUAUUUGGCUUUCUUGUAGUAAACUUUGGAAACCUCUGCAGCCUCUACACCGUGGACUGGCCUACAAUACAAUGUGCACAAUAAACCAAAACAAUCCAGCGUCUUGGUCUGCCGCACAUUUUUAAUUGCUUUGUUCUUACUGUAUUUCUUUGUGUACUUGUCAUGUUGAAGCCUCUUUUCUCGAGGUUUAGCUGGCAGCCUCGGCACCCACUGCCCACACGUUUCUCCUGGGCCGUGGCUGAGCUUACCUUGAUCUGGGUUAAUGGGAAGCAGACUCCAUCAUUGAAAAAUUUGCCAUGUAAGAUUUUUCUGGCCUUCAGUAUUCCCAACUAUUUAUUCCGGCCUUAUUAAAAGUUGGACGCGCAUUGAGAAUGUGGCUUAGCUCGAGAACUUUUGAUCCAGUGUUAUAUUUUCUUUGCGGAUGUCAGGAGAUAGUCAUGUCUUUUUAUGGGUCUGCAGCUUGAGGAGGAAAAUUACAUGUGGGGACGCUCGGUAACGGACCACCUAUAUUCAUACGUUCCUUUGAGAUGAUUUUACACGUGUGUUGGCUCACUCCGAGCAGGCAGUCACCUUAAUGGUAUUGCAACAUCCACUGUGGUUUAGACGAGAGCAUUUUUCUGUGGGUUGGGUUGGGUAUCAAAAUUAUUCAGUGGUAUUGAGUAACUUAAAACUUGAAUUUUCAUUUUGGGCGAGAAGCCCCCCCCACCCCACCAACACAUAGAGCAGGUGUCAUUGAAUACCCAAGUUAUGUGUUCAUACAUAGCUGUGCAAACAAGUGUUUCACUCCUCGAUUAAUUCAAAUCUGUAACACGCAGUGUACAGUAUGAGAUCUUUCUGUUUCUUUAAACACAUUUUACUGGAGUAACGAAAAGCAUGUAAAAUCCAUACAUGAGCUUUAACAUCAUUGGACGUUUUAUAAUCAUAAUGUUGCUGACUGCUGACUAUUUUUAAGGUACGACACGAGGUACAUACGGAUGCCUUCAGCAGUUCUUGAAUUAUAUGGUGGGUUCCCGGACUGAAAGUUUACCAUUUUGUUUACCAAAUGUUUUUCCAUUGAAGAUGUUACAAAUCUCUUAAGCGUCAGUGCUCUUAAUGGUUCCUAUUGUAAAUUGUUGUGGUCAUGUUAAUCCGUUCCCCUUCUAUCCACUUCCUGUCUUAUUCAGAGGCUCGUCAGCGAUCUGUGUUUUCUAAGAAAAGUAAAAAACACAGCUUUAGCCAGAUGUUGUAGGGCCCUCAUUAGAGAUCCAAACGAGCCAGCACGCAUGGAGAACGGUUUGCGUUAGGGUUUGAUUCUGAUCAGAAUACCAACAGAACACGGUUCCCGUCAGUCAUGAUUAAGUGAAAUUGGAAAGUGUUUAGUUUUCAAGUGUGUAUGGUUAAGUAAUUUUUAGAGUUGCAUUAUUUUGCUUUGAAAGUAAGAUGACUCAACUUGAAAGCAAAGUUGUAAAUUCCCAGUUUCCAAUUAAUCUGGAAUGACUUACACAAGUAGUUUGAUGGAAGGCAGAGUAAUGAGUAAGACAUGUUAUCAGAGCUGAUUACAGACAUCUGUCAAACUCUGUACCGGGAAGUGCUUGUUCAGGUUUAUUCAAGCACCUACAAUAAAAGGGGGGUCAAAAACAGUUUCUUUCCUUUUUUGUUUAUUUUAACUUAGGAGGUUAUACCCUCUUAUUACAGACAUCCAGACAUUUUUUUUUUUUUUUUUUCCCCAGCCGUUGUUGUUGACCAGGUGUUUAUCUGCAAGAAACUGACCUGGCACCCAGGUGAGAAUGUUACGAUUCACUUUUUUGUAAAUAAAGUCAAAUGGAAAGAAAUCAUCACCCAGGAACAAGUCUGGUUAUAUGAGAAGCAAAAAUAAUUAUGAAAUGCUCAUUGCAUCCAUUUGUUGGUUUCAUUUGCCAAAACAACAUUUAGGUUGAAUGUCCCAAAUGGACCAGAGCCUUGAAGGGGAAGCACAUGGACCUGGCUACUAAACCAUCCAUCUGAUUUAACGUUUGCAUCUUUAUACUUGUGUUAACCUGUUUUAUAUUAGAGAACUACAGUAGGAACGUUGUUUUAAUAAAGCACAUUUUGGAGAUUGUUUGUGAAUGGAUGCACAUAUCCAAAGUAAAAUGUCAUUGUGUAGGAGAAAUCUUAAAUGAAAGACAUUGUGCUCCAAACUAGCUUUGCUCACGGCAAACUACAGUCCAAAUGUUUGAGCAGGGGCUAUGGAUGUCAAGUUUGUCUAGAGCCUCCAGGGAUGCAAAGACCAAAGUGCACAAGGAAACUCCAAAAGCCUGUCUUUUCUCUGUCCAGCGGUUCAGCAGCCUCCCUCCAUCUCUGCAGGACUUUUAAGGAAAGCUGAAGCGUGUUGAGCCAGGCUUCCUGUUCCACAUGCAUUUUUACUCCGUUUAAACCAUGCUGGCGGAGUCCUCGUGGGAUGAGGCUGUUUGAGGGUCCAGUCUGCUGGUAUUUGACCCGACUGACUGUGUUCUAGUAAAUAUGUGGGAUGUUUCAAACAGAAAUCCGGCACAUGAUGCAGAAGAAUGUGAACUUUUUGGGACCCAACACAGCUACUCUUCUGCAGACUCGGAUGUAACGGUGAACCAUGCUGCCCCGUGUUAGACGGGCCAUGUCUGUCCUACAGUGCUUUUAAUCGCCACUUUCCUCCGAUGAAGGUCCAAAUAAAGAUGAGCACUUGGUUACCU